AUGACUUCAUUCAACAAUGAUGAAUUUAGAUGUCCUCUAAAGGAUGGAUUUAAAAUAUUAAAAAAAGACAUUGGUUCAUUACCACUUAAUCGAGCCAUACGUGAUUUAGUAGAAUCAUAUGUUUCAACUCAACGUUCAAAUCUGUGUACUAAUUGCAAGUUGGCUGUAGCUGAGUAUAAAUGUGACACAUAUCACAGACAUGCAUCGAAAGAUGAUGUGGCAAAAGAAUUAGAAACACAGAUAAACACUUACUUACAAGCUAUUCAAUCAGCUUUAGAAUACAGACAUAAUCAAGCAGACAUAUUAAUAAAUGUAAUUGAUAGUGAUUGCAAAUAUAGUAGAUUAAAGAUUGCGGAAGCUAUGACUUUAUUACGUGAAAUUAUUGAUAGGCAUGAGAAGACAGUAUUACAACAGAUUUCGACUAUUGAACAAGAACAAAAGAAACAACUUGAAGAUUAUAAAAAUCCAUUAAAAAAUGAAUUACACAAUUUGAACAUACAAAAAGCAACUUUUGAAAUGCUUAUCACAAGCAACAAUUCUACAAAACUACUACAAAUGAAUAAGAAAUUUGAUGAUUAUAUGAAUAAAACAAAUGCGACACUAAUAUCAUUUCGAAUACCAACUAGAACUGAGUAUCAUUUAGAAGGACUUGAUCAAUUUCAAAUUUUAAAGCAGAAAAUUGAACAAUAUGGACGAUAUGUUGAAAUUCCACCUUAUCACAACUCAGAACUUGAGCAAUUUAUUGCUGAAAAUCGAACAAAGCAAAAAUUCGAUUUAACUGGUCGAAAUUUAAGCGAUUUAGAUAUGAAAAUUGUGGCGGAUGUCUUAAAAGAAAGCACGGUAAGUAAACAUGGCUUCGGUUGA